AUGCCAACAGUGGUGCGAGCAUCUUCUUUCGAGAACAUGAUUGUGAAAAUGAAACUAACUGAGAAGCUAGAUAGGAUUAAGUGGGUGAAUGAGAAGAAAAUGUCCAUCAUGUUGCAACCCGACAUGAACGGCCACAUCUUGGUUAAUCGGUUGUACAGGGAAGGCAUUGAGAUCGACACAUCAAAAGGCUUAAUAACGACCACGUGCUGCCAUUCCUUGCUGAUACGUUCAAUAAACCGCUUUGUUAGAGAGAUCCACAUAUACCUCUUCUUCAACAUUGUCUCCUCCUUCAUCAGGCCAUAUCCACGUGAUUCGAAUGCUUUUUUACCAUAUCACGAAAUGACCAUCGCUGGGGUUGCGGGCCUUGAACUACGGGUGGAGCCACUGGUUGGUUCGUGGUCGGACGGGGUUGAUUCUCCAACAGAUCGGGGCCUUGAACUACGGGUGGAGCCACUGGUUGGUUCGUGGUUGGGCGGGAUUGAUUCUCCAGCAGUUCUCCAUGGCAAUUGCGGACUCUCGAUCUUUUCGAGGCUGGGAUUAGAUCCGGUGCUAGGGCUGGAAACUCUGAAAUCGGGAAGACUGGUGGUGGAUCUACCCCUGGGUCGACGGUGUCCGUGGUGGGUUUGCGAGCGUUGGGGGGUUUUUCGCUGA